CUUUUUUUUUUGUUUCUGUUAAGAAAAAGCCAAAACCAAAAAAAAAAAAAACCAAAACAAAUAAAACAAUGGCUUCCCACCGCUCUGGAAGUAGACAUAGAUCACCUUCCCCAACUAGUAGUAAAAGACCACGACACUCAUACAGAGAAAGAAGUCGAAGCAGAGAUCGACAUCGAUCUUCAACCCAUCGUUCCUCACACCGUUCUUCACGUUAUGAAGAUAGAUCUUAUCCAUCUUCCUCACGCAGUCAUUACGAUAAUGUAAGUAUAAAUGAUAAAAGAACUCAUUCACGUGAGCCAACAUCAAGAAAUAAUGCUGCUGUAGGUACUCCUUCAGCCACUACUCAAGAUUCAAGCUUGAGAACAAGUACACAUACAACACCGGAUUCACCUUCGGUGUCUACCACAGCAGUCAUUGAUCCUGAUGAAGCCAUGCGAAAGAAGCAAGAACGUGUACGUCUAUGGAAAGAAAAGAAACAAGCAGAAGAAGAAGCAAAAAAGAAGCUGGCCAUUGCUGCUGCUGAAAAGGAAGCUGAAGAGUUGAAAUUAAAACAAGAACAGCAGUUGGAACUAAAAAAGCAACAAGAAGCAGAAGAGGCUCAAAAGCAACAAGAAGAGGAACCCCAGCUUUUACAACAGUUUGCUGCCAUGAAAAAGGCUGCUGCUGAAGCUGCUGCCAAGGAAGAACAAGACGCGGCUGAAAAGCAGAAUGAAAUGGACACGACGGAAGAUAUCACCACACAUCAAACCCAAUUGGAAGAAAACGGUAAAAAAUGGAGUUUGGAAGACGAUUCUGAAUCCGAUGAUGAUGACGAUGUUGAUAUGGACAUUGAUGGCAGCGAAGCUAAAAAGAAAGAAGCACAGGAUGAAGCUGAUAAGGCUGCUGCCGAAGCUGAAAGAACUUUUAAACCACUUCAAAGAAUGGACCAUGAUGAAGAAUCAAAAGACGACGAGGUUUUGGCUAAACCUAAAAAAUCAUUCUUAAUGUCCAACCUCUCUACAAAACCCAAGAACACUAUGCGUAUGGGCUUUGGUUUAGGAAAAUCUAUGACCAUGAAGAAGACUACUGCCCCUGUCCAGAAAAAGGAAGUCGAAGUGAAGCCUGCUACACCUGCUGAAAAAGAACCAGUUGAUACCAUUAUGGAAGACUCUGAGGAGAUCGAUCCAUUGGAAGCUUAUAUGAUCGAUGUUCAUGCUGAAACUAAGAAGAUUAACGAAGAGGAUAAAAUAAGAAUGGAUAAGUUAAAGGAGCCUUCCUCCAAAAGACGUGGAUCUCUUUUGGACGAUGACGAUGAUAUCCCUGAUGAUACAAAUAAUGGGAACAAUGAAGAAGACAUCGGAAGUGAUCCAGAGGAUAUUCUUGCUUUGGCAGCCAAAAAAGUUAAAAGAAAGGAUAUCGCACCUGUUGAUCACAAUAAAGUGGAAUAUGAAUACUUCCGCAAAGAUUUCUAUAUCGAACCACCAGAGUUGAAGGAUUUGACACCUGAUCAGGUCGACUUAUUGAGAAUCGAAUUAGACGGCAUCAAGAUUAGAGGUGUCAACUGCCCUAAACCCAUCACCAAAUGGACUCAUUGUGGUCUUCCUGCAGGUUGCUUAGAAGUCAUUCGUAAAUUGAAAUAUGACAAGCCAACUUCUAUUCAAGCACAGGCUAUACCUGCCAUCAUGAACGGUCGUGACGUGAUUGGUGUUGCAAAGACUGGUUCUGGUAAAACCAUUGCAUUUUUAUUACCCAUGUUCCGUCACAUCAAAGAUCAAAGGCCAUUAGAGACCGGUGAAGGUCCUAUUGCUAUUAUCAUGACGCCUACGCGUGAAUUGGCCACGCAAAUUCAUAAAGAAUGUAAACCCUUCUUGAAAAUUCUGAAUUUGAGGGCUGUUUGUGCUUAUGGUGGUAGUCCAAUUAAAGAUCAAAUUGCCGAUCUCAAAAGAGGCUGUGAAAUUAUUGUAUGUACACCUGGUCGUAUGAUUGAUCUUCUUUGUGCAAAUUCUGGACGUGUCACUAACUUGAAACGUGUUACUUACAUGGUCAUGGAUGAAGCAGAUCGUAUGUUUGAUAUGGGUUUUGAACCUCAAGUCAUGAAAAUUGUAAAUAAUGUUCGACCUAGCCGUCAAACCGUCUUAUUCUCAGCAACGUUCCCCAGACAAAUGGAGGCUUUAGCUCGUAAGGUAUUGAAAAAACCCCUAGAAAUCACCGUGGGUGGUAGAAGUGUAGUAUGUGACGAUGUCAAUCAAAUUAUUGAGGUCAGAGAUGAAGAAUCCAAAUUUGUGAGAUUACUCGAAAUUUUGGGUCAGUUAUUUAACGAUGAAGGUGAAGAAGGCGCCAGUGCAUUGAUCUUUGUCGAUCGUCACGAAGCUGCCGAUAACCUCCUACGAGAUCUUAUGAGAAGAGGUUACCCAUGUCAAUCAUUGCAUGGUGGUAAAGACCAAGCAGACAGAGACAGUACGAUUGCCGAUUUCAAAUCAGGUGUUACAAAUAUCUUGAUUGCUACUUCUGUCGCUGCUCGUGGUUUGGACGUUAAAAACUUAAAGGUUGUGAUCAAUUAUGAAUGUCCCAAUCAUAUGGAAGAUUACGUUCAUCGUGUUGGCCGUACAGGUCGCGCUGGUAACAAGGGUACAGCUUACACAUUUAUUACACCUGAUCAAGAUCGUUAUGCCAUGGAUAUCUGUAAAGCAUUGAGAAUUAGUGGACAAGAAAUUCCCCCAGAUCUUCAAACUCUUGCAGAAUCUUUCCAAAAUAAGGUGAAAGAUGGUAGAGAGCGUGUAUCAGGCUCUGGUUUUGGAGGUAAAGGUCUGGAAAGAUUGGACAAAGAUCGUGAUCUUGUUAAGAAAUUCCAAAAGAAGGCUUAUGGCGGCGAGGAAGAUUCGGAUGACGAAGAGAUUCAACUCGAAAGUAAUGUUGUCACUCCUGGAAUCACAGCUGCUGCUUCUGCUGCUGCUUCUGCUGCCGCUGCCUCUGCGGCUGCUUCUGCUGUCAAAAAUGCGAUGGAUGUUGAUCAUAAAUCGUCGGAUCAACUCUCUACUGCUGCUUUAGCUGCUAAAAAGGCCGCUGCCGCUGUUGCCGCUCGUAUCAAUGCUUUGGGCGGCAAGAAACCCGAUCUCAAUGGUAUUAUACAACCUGCUGAAGACGGUGAUUCACAUCCUGUUUAUGCUGAAGAAAUUACGAUUAAUGAUUACCCACAAAAAGCAAGAUGGAGAGUUACUAAUAAGGAUCAAAUUUCUCAAAUCACAGAAGUAUCAGGUGCUGCUAUUACCACGCGUGGUUCCUUCUUCCCUCCCGGUAAACAACCUACUGGCAAUGAGCGUAAAUUAUAUCUUUUCAUUGAAGGUGACUCAGAAAUGGUAGUCGAAAAGGCAAAGAAUGAAAUUAAACGAAUCUUGAUUGAAGCGACCGCUGCACAAAUGGAAGCAGAAGCUAGAGGUGGCGGACCUGGUGGUGCUGGUAGAUACCAGGUUGUUUAGAAAUACUUUGGCUUACAAAUGUUUACUCAACAAUAAAACAUGUUUAUAUAUAUAUUAAAAAAAA